UCAAGAUGGCAGCGUUGGCGUCCUUGAUGUUGAAGUCUAGAGCAGGUCUAUUGGUGCCUGGUCAGUCCUCUCUUCUAGACUCUGUGAGGUUUGCAUCCAAGAAGGCUGGUGGGAGCAGUAAAAACCUCGGAGGAAGGAGCCCUGGCCGGAGAUAUGGUUUCAAGAAACAGGAUGGUAACUUUGUCCAUGCGGGUAACAUCCUUGCAACCCAGAGGCUGAUGAGGUAUCACCCAGGAGCUCAUGUGGGGCUGGGAACCAACAACACGCUCUUUGCUCUGGAAGACGGCUACGUCAGGUUCACCAAGGAGGUCUAUGUCCCACCACCACGCAGCCAUGAGACCACUAAGGUCAUCACCAAGCUGCCAAAGGGAGCCUUGCUCUACAAGACCUUCAUUAACGUCCUGCCCGUCAAACAGGAGAGCAAGUUUAAACUGGUGGACAUGGUCUAAAACUAACUGGACUGCACUGGGAGGCCAUCACUUCCCAGGUUUUGUUGUGGUGGCCAGGAUCAAGAAGGAUUUGUUUUGAUUCGCUGUGGCUGAUCACCAGAGACCCAAGUGAACAGCAGACCAUGAGCCAGAGACGAGUCAGUGAAACCUCCUCAGCUCCAUAAAUAUGUGACGAAGGCUGCAAGCAACAAUUUUUUUUUCAUUAUCAAUUUAUCUGCCCAUUAUUCUCAUGAUUAAUCAAUUCAUUGUUUAGUCUGUAAAGUGUCAAAAAAUUGUGAAAAAUGCUCAUCACAAUUGUCCAGUGACGUCUUCUUUUGUGCAUCCAGCAGUCCAAAACCCAAAGACUCGUCACUUACUCUGAUAUGUGACACAGAGCACAAAGCAGCAAACCCUCACAUGUAAGAAGCUUCAACCAGCAACUGUUUGACAUUUUGCCUUGAAAAAUGACUGAAAAGAUUGUUGAAGUAGUUGGCGAUUCAUUUUCUUUCAGUCAACUAAUUGAUUAAUUCUACAUGCUCUUUGGAAAUAUGUGACACUCUCUUAUUGGACUUAGGAAACAGAAGUUCAGCUGUGUCACAUGAAGUGUUCAUCAUGGCUUGGGGUCAUUGAAAUGCCUCAUGUUCAGCCAGGAGUUAACCACCUGAAGGAACUGAGGUGCCAUCGCCAUGAUACUGAAUAUGUACUGUAUUUAUGUAUUAAAGUUUUCUAUGUGAAAGUC